CUCACUGCCUCCGGUGGCUGCUGGGAUACCGGAGGACUUGGGUCCCGGCUCGACUCAGUCCUCCAGCAGCCCGGGGAAUACUCCAAUUCUUCCCGGCCGCCGCCGCCGCCCCGCCGCUUCUUCCUCCGCCCGCUCGCCGGCCUCCUUCGCCCCGCCCGGUCUGCGCCUCGCGUCCGGCCAGCCAGCCGGCCCGCUUCUCUCGGGAGCCCCCACCCAGGCGCAUGGCUCCAUGAAGCAGGAGGAGGAGAAGGCAGAGCGCGAGAGGUCCCGUCCGCCCCGGCCGCGUCUGGGCCAGGAGAAAAGGUACAGGAAGAAGGAAUGGAAUUGGAAGGAAGAAAAUUCAUUCCAGAGACAAAAUAGCUCCCCUCCUCUGUUGUAGCUGUUCCUCUGGCAAUACAGAUUUCUGUUUCAGGUUCUGCAGUAUUCCAGACCACGAGCACCAAAUCAGGAUGGGAAAAAGACGUUGUGUUCCUCCACUUGAGCCCAAGUUGGCAGCUGGCUGUUGUGGGGUCAAGAAGCCCAAAUUAUCUGGAAGUGGAACUCAUAGUCACGGGAACCAGUCCACAACUGUCCCCGGCUCUAGUUCAGGACCUCUUCAAAACCACCAGCAUGUGGACAGCAGCAGUGGACGGGAGAAUGUGUCGGACUUAACUCUGGGACCUGGAAACUCUCCCAUCACACGAAUGAAUCCCGCAUCGGGAGCCCUGAGCCCUCUUCCCCGGCCUAAUGGAACUGCCAACACCACUAAGAAUCUGGUGGUGACUGCAGAGAUGUGCUGCUACUGCUUUGAUGUACUCUACUGUCACCUCUAUGGCUUCCCACAGCCACGACUCCCUAGAUUCACCAAUGACCCCUAUCCCCUCUUUGUGACGUGGAAGACAGGGCGGGACAAGCGGCUUCGUGGCUGCAUUGGGACCUUCUCAGCCAUGAAUCUUCAUUCAGGACUCAGGGAAUAUACGUUAACCAGUGCACUUAAGGACAGCCGAUUUCCCCCCCUGACCCGAGAGGAGCUGCCUAAACUUUUCUGCUCUGUCUCCCUCCUUACUAACUUUGAGGAUGCCAGUGAUUACCUGGACUGGGAGGUAGGGGUCCAUGGGAUUCGAAUUGAAUUCAUCAAUGAAAAAGGCGUCAAACGCACAGCCACAUAUUUACCUGAGGUUGCUAAGGAACAAGACUGGGAUCAGAUCCAGACAAUAGACUCCUUGCUCAGGAAAGGUGGCUUUAAGGCUCCAAUUACCAGUGAAUUCAGAAAAACGAUCAAACUCACCAGGUAAGCCGCUAUCUUAUUUUCCUUGCCAUUUUCAUUAGUGGGGGUUGGGUAGAAGAUACUUUUGAUGGAAGGGGGAAGAAAAAGUUUUUUCUGCUGAUAUCUCUAAACCAAAGUAGUAUGAGUGAGGUUGAUGCUCUCAGGAAGCAGUGGCAGUAAAGGCAAAGACUCCUCCAGCAUCCUGUGUGUCUCUGUAGCUAAGCUGAUAGUGGAUUGGGGCAUAGUUUUAGGCCCAAGCACAUUGAGUGUGUCCAUUGGCCCGCAUAGUUGGGAGGCUGAGAGGGAAGGCUGAAGGUAGGAGAGAAGGCUCCCAGUGUAGCAGUCCAAGGCCAGUUGAGGUAUUACUUCUUAUCCACUCAUGCAGCCAGGUGCCUGGGAAUGCAAAAGAGUCAGAAAUACUUUUCACAGAGAGUUUACCCUGUUUGGGAACAGUAUGUGUCUGUACUUCUAUGGGGAGGCUGCCUAGUUUAGAAUGCACAUGGUCUUGGGGUCUGAAUCCCCCCAGCUGAACCACUUACUAGCUGUGUGACCUGGGCCAAUUAUUCCACCUCUUUCAGCCUGUUUCCUGUCUGUAAGAUGUGAAUGAUAAUUCCUUAGGUUGUUUUAGGAUGUGGUAAGGUAAUGUAUGGAGAAUUUCUAGUGUAGGGCCAGGCAACAUUGUAGGUGAUCAAUAGACGUCAGUUCUCUUCCCGUCCGUAUUGUAAUUGGAAGCACUGAUAGGUUUAGCUUCUGUGGGCCUCUGUUGAGCCUCUGAUUUGUGUAAUGCUGAAUAAUCAUGCUAGCCUCACAGGUUUGGAAGAUAACCCAGUGUUUUUGAAAUGCUUUGGAUUCCAAAAAUUAAGGGGCUGGGGGCGUAGCUCAGUGGUAGAGCACAUGCUUAGCAUGUGCAAGGCCCUGGGUUCAAUCCCCAGCACCAAAAAAUUAAAAAAAAAAAAAAAAAAAAAAAAACACUCUUCAAUAUUCAAAUACAAAGCAUUAUUACUAUUAUUAUUACAAUUUAUUUGAACAGCCAUUUCCCUGUCAAAAUUCAGGAAUAUUCACCUUGCAGUGGAGGAGUGAUUUCAGUGGGAAAGAGAUGGCUCUGGGUAAGGAUUGUCACACCCAGCUCCUGUGGUCUGUAGUAGGCCUCCAUAGGUUUGUAACACCCCAUGCGUUGCAUCUUGACUCAUGGCUCUUUCCAGAGCAAAGCCAAAGUGCUAUGAAUUCUGUUCUGAUAACCUUGUGAUAUGGCAUAUUCAUCUGGGGAUUGAGACCUGUCCCAUAUAGCCCAAGGAUUUUUUAAUCUGCUUCACCAGAAUUGACCCAGAAUUAGGUAAUUGUGCCCCUUUUAGUUAUAACUUGUUUGUUGUUCUGCAAAUUAAGGUUGCACUCUGUCCUAUUGAUCUCAUUUUAACAUGAAAGUAGAUAUGCAGUUUACACUGGGUUUUGGUGCAGCCAUCUUCCAAUCUGCCACCCAUGUAAUUUGAUCUUGAAAUUCUUCAUCCAGACCCCAGCAGCAGAUUGCUUACGAGCAGCCUGAUGAUAAGCUUAUGUAGCAUUUAAAGGUGGGAUGUGCCGAAGUACAUUCUCAGGGGUGAAUUGUGAUUGUGCUUUUUCAUCUUGUUCAUUUGUAAUAACAACAUUGUUUUCUUGUGCCGUCUUUCAUUUUCUGUAAGUAAGAUUGCUCUUGGUCUUCCAUUUUAUUCUUUCAAAAUGUGGAAUAAGCUUUUGGUUUUUCUCUGCUGAGUGACUUUACAAAAGGAAUUGUUUGGGGUUCCUAAUACCCUUGCCUGUUUCCUUAUACAGUUACCGAAGUGAGGAAGGUGACAAUCAGUUACGCAGAGUAUAUGCUUCUCGACAGCACUGUUUCCAGAAUGGCACUCUUCAUGCCCCGCCCCUCUACAAUCAUUACUCCUGACACAAGGCUGCAUGACCAGUCCCACCCCCCUGUGGCCACCAAUGGCUAUGACAUCAUUGGAGCAGAUGCCUCCUCUUCCUGGUCCAGUUACUUCUAUUACUGCACCAUUUUAUGAUGCUAGCUUCCGUUGCCAAGUCUGCCCCCCACUGACUGAGGGGGGUGUGGGGUUAAUUGAAUGAAACAGAACUUGAGGGGCCCAAGCCUUAUCUCAGCCUUUCCUCAAUAUGGGGUUCCGUUGGAUUGGGGCUCCUCCAUGACUAGAGAAAAUCACUGUGUGGGUUCAGAAGACCCUGGUCUGGUGAUUUGCCGCAUAUGUCAUUGGUCACAACCUGGAAGUCGGAAUUGAUGAUCCAUGGAGGCUUACCCCCACACACCCCCACAGCCUCCCCAGAUCAAGUAGGUGUAUUCCCCUGGCAGUCUGGGCAACGGAGACCAACAAGAAACAUUUUUAGGUUGUUUUAAAUUCCUUUUUUUAAACUUCCAGUUUAUUGCGUACCAAGAGUUGAUCACAACCUCCUUGCUUCGUAAAUGGACGCCAUAUUAGGGUUGAGCAUGGGCACCAUGAGUCCUUUGAGGCUCUUGGACAGAGACCAUAUCAAGAUCGGAAUCCCUUUGGAUGGCGUUGCAGAUCCCAUUGCUCAAUAAGUCGUGAAGGUUUUAAUUCUCAUCCCACUCUCAGUUGGAUUUUCUGGCACUCUCCCUGCAUCAAGUCUGCUGGUAUUGAACAGAGAGCUCUGUGAUGUAGCCUGCUGAGGAAUGGAGCAGAGAUGUCCCUGGAGGUCCUGAUGUCAUUGCUACGUGCAGGCAUGAUGGAGAGACCUCUUCCUCACCACCUGGCUACCUCACUCCUCUACUGGUAGCAGUGCCUACACAGCUGGAUCUAGGUUCUCAGAAGCAUAUAUGUGCAAACAGGUGAUGGGUUGGGCUUUCAGAGGGCACAUUGUCAUAGGAGAGCAUCCAGGUCUCUGGUUUUCUUUCAGGCAAAUAUCCUGAGGGACCUUUAAGCAGGGGAGUUCCUUUUCUAGUUUGCCUGAAGUGAGAAGACUGUUGAUGUUUCAGUCCUUUAUAGGACUUCAGAACAAAGCUGUGUAACAAGGUGAAUCUGUAAUCUUGCAUACUAUGCUGGGAAUCUUCAACCCAGGAGGGCAAAUUUCCCAAUCACUUAUUUUUUUUUCUGGGUCAUUUAAACUUCCAUAUGACAAUUCCCUUACCCAUUGUUGCUAAUUUCCAAAUAGCCAUCAGCAAGUUUUCCUCCCACUUGCCUUUCUUCACUUACUUGGUGGCAAAAGUCAUAGAACUUGGGAGAUGCUUUGAAAGCACUAUCACGAAGGCACUGCUAAAGUGAUUUACAGGAAGAGGUGGCCAGCUGGAAGAAAGGAUCCUGAGGACUAUACACUGGUUUCAACAACAUGCUUAGAGAACUCUUAAAUGGAUUGGGUGUCAACCCAGUGAACAUGUUUUGAUUUAAUUUAUUUUUAUUUUUAUUUUUAUUUUUUUAGAGUUUAUGUGGUGAUGGUAUGGCUUUUCCAAAACAGGUGACUAUUCAAGUCCUUCUGCUAGGAAUCGGGGAAGGGGGAGCAGGGGCACAAUCUAAGGGAUGUGUUUCUAGGCAUCAUCCUCAGUUCCUGUGAAGGAAUGGGAGAGGGUACAGGUUUGUGCUGCUGGCAAGGACCUGGGAUAUGUGGGGAAGACAUGGGUGACAUCAGGUUGCCCAAGCUGCUCUCCCCUCAUUGCUGUGCUAGGUGGUUCUCAUGGCCUACCACAUUCCCCUGGCAAUGUAAAUGAAGGUUAAAGGUUUGGUUAUGAUUUCUUACUGCUGAGGAUAAUAAAUGUCUUGUUACAAACAGAUGUGAUGACAGUUACUCUUAGGUGCCAUGGAUUGAUGUCAGGGUGGUCAGCUCUAGACUAAGGCCACCCACCUCCAAUUUGUACAACAGUAUUGAUACAUAGGGCUACACUCAUUACUGUUCAAGUGUUCUAUGUUAAAAGUUGUGUUUAAUUUCUAAAGAUUAAAAAAAGCAAAAAAAAUUGGUGCUAACUUUCACCCCUGAGCACGCUCAGUGAGACUGGUCAUGCAAGCAUUUACAGUGCCAUGCUCCUCAAGCCUAUUUUUCUCGUAGAAAUGUUGCCCUAUUGUCUUCCCAAUGUAUAAUAUGUAUUUUAUUUUAUUUUAUUGAGGGUGGGAUAGGAUACCUGCCAUUUAAGAAUAUGAACAGAAAAUUUAAAAACCCAAAAAAUGGGGAAAAAAAAAUCAGUGCACAAGAAUCAGGCUGGUGAAGGCCAGCAUCACACUGAAGUGGGCUCAGUGGUUUCUGGAGUGAAGAAGCCUUACUCCCUGCACAUUCCCUCAUGCUCCCAAAGAAGUCCAGCAAUGGGAAAGCUAGGUUCCUUUUGCUUUGUCAAGGGGACUUGAGAAUUAGCCAAGGGAAACUAUAAUGUCCUAUAAGGGACACUGUUGGUGUCCAUCCUGGCUGGGAGCUAGUCGGGAAGCGGUCUGGAAGUGUGUGGUCAGGAUGACCUCAUGGAUGUAUGUGGCAGGUGGCUCUCAGGAAAAUAUACCAUCUGGAUCAUCCACACGGCAGCUUUGCAUAGGGAGGUGACAGCUCCAAAUGAACUGAACUGCCUUCCACAUGCUUGACCAAAGCAGUGAAGAGGGUGUCCAGUACCUGUGAGUACAAGGGAGGUAGAGAAGGGGGAGUGUUUCCUGCCCAGUGUUUCCUUUGUCCUUGGGCUGCUGGAGCUGAACAGCAUGGUAACCACUGUUAUGGAACCAGCUGGACUUCACUGGCUUGGUUCAGAGUUUGUUUCAUCCCUAGCUGUGAGUGCCUUUUGGUCUGGAAAGUUGGCUUGUCUCAUAAUACCCACAGCUAGGACAUUCUCUGUAAUUAUGAAUUGUCCUUAUUUUACAUUGAAAGAGGAUGUCUGAUCACUAGAGUUUGUCAGUGUUGGAUUGUUUCCACUGUGAGGUUCUUAAACUUUUUCACUUAUAAUAAAACAACUCAUGUUAGAGACCCUUUCCACAUGAAAGGUUUGUAGUUGAAACGUUAUAUAUAUUUUACUGUUUAUAAUAAAAAUCAUCUAUACAAAUGAAGUCUUGGGUGUUAAUUUUUUGCACAAGAUCUGUUUUCCAUGAUAUGUUAACAUCUACAAUUUCACUAACUGUUAAUGUUAUUUUCUAUUGAGAUUUCUGGAGCCUAGGGAGCUACUUGUUCUUUUUGUUUAUUUUUGUUCUUAUUUCCCUAAAGCAAGAGACUGUAUGGCCUUCAGUGUGAAGACUUCAGACCAAUUCUUUGUAUUACACUUGGUUGCCUCUUGGCUAUAUAACUUCUGAGUGCAAAUCAUUGAACUCUUUAACGAAGUAUUGUAGAGAAUAAAUCAUAAUGGGUAAAAAUU